GUUCCUGACGUCCUGAGCGCGGCUGCGGGAACACAAUGAGGCCCUGAGGAGCGCGGCUGCUCCGGCUGAGGAAACGGCAGCCGGCUUCCUCCGCAGCCCUGCCCUGGCCCCGCAGCCCCGCGCAGCCUGGACACCAUGGGCAUGUCUGCGGAGGACGAGCGCGCCGCCAGCCCCAGAGAUGAGGAGUGGCCGGAAGCAGAGAAGGCUGAGAAGCUGGCGAGAGGAGCCGCUCUGAAAUGGGCUUCAGGGGUGUUUUACCGCCCCGAGAAACUGGAGGGGCUCGGGCAUUACCGGAGACGAGAGACGCAGAGGAACAGCUCCAUCCAGUCCCGGCUGAAGUCAACUGUCCAGUCCUACCUGGAGGGGGUAAGUGCAGGGCUGGAGCAGCUGCGGUCGGCGGCCCAGGAGGUGCAGAGCGUGUGCCAGGACCUGGGGGCUGCACGGUGGGCCCUGCUCGACAGCGCAGACCACUUCCAGGGCCUCCAGCAGAUGAGGGAGCUGAUGGAGGAGCAUGUGCAGCUGGCCUCGGUGGUCCAGGUGCUGCCCCAGAUCUUCUCGGUCCACGAGGUUUUUUCCCAUAUCCUGCAGCUGCUCCAUGGGCAGCAUCUCUUGGAGGCCCACGUGGAGCUCAUGAUGGUGGAGCAACUCCGGGAUGACAUCCUCUCCCAGCUGCACCUCCGCGGGCUCUCCGGUGCCCAGGCAACCGUGCUGUCCUACUUCAGUGGCCUGCAGGACCUCAACGAGAGCCUGGCCAAGCAGCUGUGGGACAUUGUGGGCAGCAGCCUGCGGCUGGUGCGCGAGGACCCCGUUCUCUUUGUCACUGCUGUGAGGAUCAUCGAGCGGGAGGAGAAAAUAGAUGAUGCUCUGCUCUUGGAGGCCACCUUCCUGCCCCCUGGCCGCCCAAAGGGCUGGAGGCAGAAGUUCUACCAGGUCCUCCAGGACACCAUCACAGGAGCCCGUUUCCAUGCUCCCCGCACGGAUGCUGAGGGGCCAGGGCUGGCCAAGCACCUGGCAGCGCUGCAGAAGGACAUCGUGUCUGAGCUGCGUGUGGUGAAGGACCUGAUGGUCCAGUGCGUCCCAGCUCACUACAACAUCCUCAGCGUCUGCACUGCCACCUACCACCAGGCCCUCAGCAGCCACCUCCAGGAGAUCCUGCGGGAGGACCUGGACAAACAGGGGCUCUUCCUCCUCCUUGAGUGGGCGCUCCAUGUGUACCACAGCCCAGAGAUGAUGGGUCACCCUGACCUCCUCCCCGAAGUGGAUGUUUCUGCUCUGGAUCCCUUGAUGUCUUCUGAGCUUGUGGAUCAGACAGAGAAGAGAUAUGUGAUGAAAGUCAAGGCCAGCGUGUUCGAGUGGAUGCAGAGGACCCUGGAGGUGGAGUUCAAGGAAUGGUUCAGGGAAGAGGAACCUGAGACAGACCAUCAGGGCUUCUUCCAGUCAGCCUUGCCUGCCAUUGUCAUGCAGAUGCUGAAUGAAAACAUCCAGGUGGCUUCCUUAAUCACCGACUCUCUGCAGCAGAAGAUCUACAACAUGGCCUUGGAGGAGCUUGAGGCAUUCCUGGGCCGGCUGCGGGAAGCCCUGGUGCAGUGCGGGAAGGAGCACCAGCAGGACCGGGCCGUUCCCAAGUACUACAUCUCCCACCUGCUGGCCGUGCUCAACAACAACCUGGCUCUCAGCAAUUCUGUCUCCUCCCUCCACCCUGACACUGCCUGCGGAGAAGUCCCUGCAUCCCUCCAGGCUGCUCUAGACAGGAUGCAGAAGAAAGCCACGCAGCUGCUGCUGGAAGAACUGCUCCUGGACCUGCAGCCCCUCUGCCUGCAGCUGCCUUCCCGCAAGUGGCUGUCCGGGUCCCAGCUGGUCGGCAGCAUGUGUGAAGUGAUCGACAAGUACGCAAAGGAUUUCUCCCGCGUCAGGAGCCCCUUGUUCACGCUCCUGCUGGCGGAGAGCGAGCUGCUGGUGGCGAACCAGUACCUGCGGGCACUCCUGCAGAGGAAGGUGGUGUGCAAGAGCCGGGAGGAGCGGGGCCAGCUGUGCCACCGCCUGCUGCAGGACGCCACGCAGCUCCGGGAGCUCUUCUGUGGCCUGGGCCUGGAAAGGAGCCAGCAGAGCCUGGAGGCUGUUUUUGCCCUUCGGGAGCUGAUCUGCCUCAAAGACCCAGCACUACUCAGCCUGGAGGUGCUGGGCUUCAUCACCAAGUACCCCGAUGUCAGCGACGAGCACGUCUCCACCUUGCUGGAUAUCCGCGGCGAUGUCUCCAAGGAAGUGCGGCACGUGGUGCUGGAAAUGAUGGCUCAGCACCCCCAGGUCCUGCCCGAGGGCUACCGGCCCAUCUUCAGCACCAUCCUGGUGCCCGUGCCAGAGCUUCCCUUCUGCCUGCGCAAGGGCAAGUGUGCCUGACCCUGCCUGGCACUGGUGCCCGCUGGUCCCAGGCAGGGGCCGUGCAGGGCAGUUCUGUGGCUGUGCGUGGUGAGAAUGGAGGUGACGUGCGGCAUCCCCUAUGCACAGCACCUUGUCCUGCGCUGGGGACAGUCUGGAUAAAGGCCAUCCUCCUCUGGUCUCGCCCCAUGAGAAGACUGUCCCCUGCAAGCACCUGGGAUACCUGGGCUGGGGGAGAUCCAACCUGGAGCUGUUUUUGCUGGCCUGCUGGGACCGUGACUGAGGGCUGCUCGGGCUCAGGCCCAUCGCCUGCAGGCGAAAGAAGAGUUGCAGAAUGGACAGGAGUCUGCAGCUGGAGUAAAUUCACAUUUCCAUGAGGCUGCAGGGACAUUUGGGUUUCCCCAAGUCUCCAGAGACCCCCCUGAGGCAGUGUGUCCCAGCCAUGGAGGCUGUUACCAUUCCAACUCUGAGGCAGACUGGAGCCCUGCUGGGACAAGGAUGGCAGGAGGUUUCAGCCAUGGGAGGUCCUCUGGGCUCAGCCCUGGGCUUGGGAGUUGCUGCUCCACCAGGCUGGGCCCUGCAUGGCCGGUGGGGAGCAGCUGAGCCAGCUCAUCAUGGCUCACGGAUGCGGAGGAGAAGAGCACAAGGUGGUCUCCCCACUCUGGACAGUGCCAUCAGUCCUGCCCCUGCUGGCACAAGGGGACAGCUCUGAGUUCCUGCUGACCUGCCAGACUCCUGGCUCUGGCUCAUUUGCCAGCAUUCGAGGCAGGACUGGAGUUGGAGGCUCUCAACCUGCAUGGAGUGUUGUCCUGCUCCAAGGUUCCUCCAUGCUGGUUAGCACCACCCAGAGCACUGGCUCUCCCUCCAUCCUCUGCUGCUGCCCAGCCCUUGGCAUCUCCUCCCAGGUGCCAUAUGAAGAUCAGGAGCAGUCUGUUUCUCUGCCUACACCCUUGUGCCCAGCCCCUGCAGCGCCCUGGGAGACCUCCAUGCUCCGCCAUGCUUCCCACCCUGGGUUGGGCCAUAUCCCACUGUCCUUGCAUGGUACCACUGCUGGAAAUAAAGGCCUAAGCUCUGCACUCAC